UCAUGAGAUUCGAGGUCCGAUUCACGACUCACUCAGUGACUGCGAAUAUUGAGACUGCUGACGACUUCAAGUCCAACGAGAUGAGUUCUCCCAGCACAUCUCCAUCCGCACAAGAAAUCUGGAAGUGGACAUUCACCAAGGAAGCGAACGCUCCAUGCUUCAUUAGAGACGCCCUCGCGAUGAAGGAAAGCAAUACCAGAGAUGCCGAUUUUUACUGGCUGGGACACAUCCCCUGUCGAACAGUGAUCAUUGUUGGCAUAGUGGUUGGAAUCCAGGACUACGAGAAACGGACGAUGUACACUAUCGACGAUUCUACGGCUGUCAUAGAUUGCGUGCUUCGUCAUCGCUUGCCACCAAAAGCUCCAACGAAUGCUGAUGCAAGUCGCUCGGUUCAGAAAUCAAAAUGGGAGGCGACAUCACCUAUUCCUCCUCCGCCACCACCCACUCCUGUUACUGCUAUCGGCUACCCAGUACAAGUGAUCGGAAAAGUUGUUCUGUUCUACGAUACGAGGCAAAUAGUAGCUGAAUCUAUCGAGCCGUGCCAGUCGACUAAUGACCAAUGGAAACACUGGAAAACCGUCGUGGAGCUUCACAAGUCGAGAUAUUCCGUGGCAAAACCGUUUGAGAUACCAGCGCCUCUUGCUGUUUCUUCAUGUGAGACUGGUUCGGAUGGAAACUCGCAUGAGAAACUACCAGCUGCGGCAUCCAACAUUGCAUCUUCUUCCAAGAGACAAACUUGUGCGUUGGCAUCGGGGGCGGGUAUCCGUGUGCCCCGCACGCCCUUGAAGCGUCCAUUACACGACCAUGCCCCAUCCUCACCAAUUACGGAUAGCACAACCUCCGCCCCAUCCAGUCCAAUCAAACAUGGAUCUACAAUGACUGAUUUGUUCUCGACGCCGACUAAGCGGCCGCGCAUUCCAUUGGAUCAGACUCCCAAGGCACGAACGGUAUCCACAACGCAUGACAUGACGCCACGCGCAUCUGCUCUGAAAGAUAGUGCUCCCCGUCGUCCUGCUUUCACGCUCUCGCACCUACGCCGCGUUCCAGAACUCGCACUUCUGGCUUGCCGGGUGGUUUAUACUGAGACAAAGCGGCGUGCCCGAGCAGAGAGGGAUGCAGAGAGAGAGAAGGCUGUGCAGACACAUAAGACCUCCUCGAACAUACCAUAUAUGCCGCGCGUGAAGAUGAAGCGCCUGUUUUCAUGGGCGGUAUUAAAGCUAUAUGAAGAGGGUAGCAUCGUGCUCUGGGACAAACCACUGAUGCCCGUCCCUGUCUCCGGCUUGCGUCCUCCUGGGUCUGGCGACACAAGCGGGCUGUGGAAGACUCCAAACGACACUGCUAGUUGCUCAAGUGUGAAUAACUCUGUGUUUUCAACCGCCAAUAGCACGAUGUUUUCCUCUACUGGUGCUUCUUCAUCCAAGUUCGUCAUGUCUGAAGAAGAUGCCUAUCUCUCAGAUCCACCGAUGUAUGAGGAAGACGAGGCUUAUGUUUCUGUGACGCCGACAUUGCUUGCUGCACCUGUACGAGAGAUCAUGCGUGCGAAGGGGAUACGAGGCAAGAGCGCCAAGGUUGGAGCGGAGGAGGUUACCAGGUGUUUGAGAAGAGAGGACGCACGCUGGGCCCGGAUUGGGGCGUGGGCUGUGGAAGAGACUAUGGACAUGAUUCUUGGGGAGUGAAAGUAAGUUCGUCGCAUUGCGAGCCUAUGUUUGUGGUCGAAUGCGUCUGGGUUUGCACUGGAGUAGCAUAUGAUAUGGUAUACAAGCUAGUAAAUGUAUGAAUUACUGUCUAUGCAAGUGAGCAUCAUUAUGUUGAAUGAAA